AAAGUGUAUUCGUGGGUAGGGCAAAAAAAUGCACACUUGACCCUGAACACACACUCGGCAGCUGCUGGGCCUUCUUACUAUCGCCUAUCCAGUUACGCACCUCUUUCCAUUUCUCAUUCGCCGUCGUCACAACUCAUCGUCGUCCGCCGUGUUACCCUCCUCACUCUUGCUUCGGAUUACCUUAAUUGCCGGUCGCAUCCGCCUUCUUUACUACUACCGUUUCAUAUUUAUCUUCUUGUUACAAUGGGAGAUGAUGAUAAAGUCGUUUCUCAAACAUCAACUGUCGAUGAUUAUUCAUCUGCUUCUUAUUCUGCCUCUGAUUAUGGUGAUAGAACUGGAAAUGCUGCUGAAGCCACAGUUAGUGGAGAUGUAGCUGCAUUUGUUGCUACUGACAACACAUAUGUAGAUAACACCACCUCUGACAUUACUGGAAAGUCAGAAGCUACAGAUGUUGGUCAACAGGUUCCAUCUACUGCCUCACAAGAUGUUAGUGAGAAUGGAGUUGGUUCAUACAGUGUUCAUACUUCUGCAUCUACACAGCAAUUGGUGGAUGGUUCUGCAUUAUCUCCUGAAGAAGACCGAUUGUGGAACAUGGUAAAAGCUAAUUCACUGGAUUUUAAUGCUUGGACUGCACUAAUAGAGGAGACAGAGAAAACAUCAGAGGCCAAUGUGUUGAAGAUCAGGAAAGUUUAUGAUGCAUUUUUGGCUGAAUUUCCUCUGUGUUAUGGCUACUGGAAGAAGUAUGCUGAUCAUGAAGCAAGAUUGGGGUCUAUUGAUAAAGUUGUUGAGGUUUAUGAACGUGCAGUUCAAGGGGUAACAUAUUCUGUAGAUAUGUGGCUGCACUACUGUGUUUUCGCCAUAAAUACAUAUGAAGAUCAUGACACCAUAAGGAGGCUAUUUGAAAGGGGUCUAGCUUAUGUUGGAACUGAUUACCUCUCUUUUUCUUUGUGGGAUAAAUACAUUGAAUAUGAGUAUCAACUACAGAAAUGGUCGAAUCUUGCCAUGAUUUACACACGGAUAUUGGAAAUUCCUAAUCAGCAGUUGGAUCGGUAUUUCAACAGCUUUAGGGAAUUAGCUGCUAGUCGCCCUUUAUCAGAACUGAGAACAACUGAAGAAGUUGAAGCUGCAGCAAGGGCAAAAGGGGAAUUCAAGAAUCAAGAAAGUGAGGGUGAGAUCCAUCCGAAUGAUGGAUUAACAGAAGCUAAAGAGUUGGAGAACUAUAUUUCCCUUAGAGAAGAGCUUUAUAAAAAAACUAAAGAUUUCGAUUCUAAAAUCAUAGAUUUUGAAACAGCCAUCAGGAGACCUUAUUAUCAUUUUAGGCCACUUAAUGUUACAGAGCUUGAAAACUGGCAUAACUACCUUGAUUUCAUUGAAGGAUGUGAUGACUUGAAUAAAGUAAUCAAACUAUAUGAAAGAUGUCUAAUUGCUUGUGCAAAUUAUCACGAGUACUGGAUACGUUAUGUUUUGUGCAUGGAAGCUAGAAAAGAUAUGGAUGUUGCCGAAAAUGCCCUUGCUCGUGCUACCCAUGUGUUUGUUAAAAAGCAACCAGAGAUUCAUCUUUUUGCUGCUAGAUUUAGAGAACACAAUGGAAACAUUGAAGGAGCUCGGGCAUCUUAUCAACUUGUUCAUAGUGAAAUAUCUCCUGGUCUUCUAGAAGCAAUUAUCAAGCAUGCUAACAUGGAAUAUCGCCUGGGAAAUCUGGAAGACGCUUGUUCAUUGUAUGAGCAGACUAUUGCAAUUGAGAAAGGGAAAGAGCAUUCACAGAUUCUGCCCUUUUUGUUUGCACAAUAUUCUCGAUUUCUAUACUUGGUUUUGGGAAGGGUAGAAAAGGCAAAAGAGGUUCUAGAUGAAGCUGUUGAGAAUACUGGCCACCUCUCAAAACCACUUUUAGAGGCUUUAAUCCAUGUCGAAUCAAUUCAAUCACUUCCAAAGCGAAUUGAUCAUAUAGAUUCGCUCGUUGAAAAAUUCAUAUCUCCCGAAUCCGAUAAUCCAAAUCCUGCAACUUACAUCGAGAGAGAAGAGCUAUCUAGCAUUUUCUUGGAGUUUGUAGAUCUUUUCGGGGAUGCGGGGUCCAUGAAGAAAGCAGAAGUUCGGCAUUCGAAGCUCUUUUUACCUCAUAAAAGCAGUUCACAAUCCAAAAAGCGCCACCUGGAGGGCAAUUUGGUCUCAGAUAGAGCGAAAAUUGCAAAAACAAGUGCGGUUUCAUCAGUGAACCAGUGGUCUGCAGCAGGUUAUGGUGUGCAGCCUCAAUCUUGGCCACCUACACAACCUCAAGGCCAACAAUGGCCUGCUGCUGGAUACACCCAACAGCAACAGGCUGGUUAUGGCACCACAUAUAAUGCUUCUUAUGGAAGUAGCUAUGUGCAACAACCACAAGCUGCUUACACUUCAUACCCGGUUCAGCAGGUGGCCCCACAAGAAGUUUACCCACAGCCAAGUGUAGCUGCUGCAGCCCCAGUCCCACCUGCAGCAUAUUACGGGACCUACUGACCAUUUUGGUUUGUUUUUGUUUUGUUAAGAGGGUCAACAAGUGUAUCAGUAAUAUAGUUGAAGAGAGACCUAUAAAUAAUUUGUUUUGUUAAAAAGGCUUCUGCUAGAAUAUUUUGUGCA